CCUCCGCUGCAGCAGUGCAGCAGCUUUGUUGAUAACUGCUUCCGGGUUACGCGCUCCGCUUCCUGUGAAGCUGUGUUUCAUAAACCUCUAACGGAGACAUAAGGAUGCUGUCCUUGUCUCGUUCGGUGGUGUGUGCUGUGGCCCGAGCCCCGGCUGCUGUCAGCCAGGGAGGUGUGACCACUCUCUGUCGGUACAACAGCACUGCUCAGACUGCUCCAAAGAAAACAAAAUUUGGCCCACUGGCGGAUGAAGACAGAAUUUUCACAAAUCUUUAUGGUCGUCAUGACUGGAGGCUGAACGGUGCCCUCAAGCGUGGCGACUGGUACAAAACCAAGGAGAUCCUUUUGAAGGGGGUGGACUGGAUUCUGAAUGAGAUCAAGGUUUCUGGUCUGCGGGGCAGAGGUGGAGCCGGUUUCCCUACGGGCAUGAAGUGGAGUUUCAUGAACAAGCCCAGUGAUGGCCGGCCAAAGUAUCUGGUGGUGAAUGCAGACGAAGGAGAGCCUGGAACCUGCAAGGACCGAGAGAUCAUGAGGAACGACCCACACAAGCUGGUAGAGGGCUGCCUGAUCGCUGGCCGGGCCAUGGGGGCGCGCGCUGCUUAUAUCUACAUCAGAGGAGAGUUUUACAACGAGUCAUCUAACCUGCAGGUGGCCAUCAAUGAGGCCUAUGCUGCUGGGCUGAUUGGCAGGAACGCCUGUGGUUCUGGUUAUGACUUUGAUGUGUUUGUGAUGCGUGGUGCGGGAGCGUACAUCUGUGGAGAGGAGACCGCCCUCAUAGAGUCCCUGGAGGGGAAGCAGGGGAAGCCGCGCCUCAAGCCUCCCUUCCCCGCCGACGUCGGUGUGUUUGGUUGCCCGACAACCGUUGCCAACGUGGAGACGGUGUCCGUGGCGCCCACCAUCUGUCGCCGUGGAGGCACGUGGUUUUUGGGCUUCGGCAGAGAGAGAAACUCGGGCACGAAACUGUUCAACAUCUCUGGUCAUGUCAACCACCCGUGCACGGUGGAGGAGGAGAUGUCCAUCCCCCUGAAGGAGCUCAUCGAGAGACACGCAGGUGGUGUGCGUGGAGGCUGGGACAACCUGCUGGCUGUAAUCCCCGGAGGUUCCUCAACCCCCCUCAUCCCCAAGAACGUCUGUGAGGAGGUGCUGAUGGAUUUCGACGGCCUUAUUCAGGCCCAGACCGGCCUUGGCACGGCCGCUCUAAUCGUCAUGGACAAAUCUACUGACAUCAUCAGAGCCAUUGCCCGCCUGAUUGAGUUCUAUAAACACGAGAGUUGUGGCCAGUGCACACCAUGCAGGGAGGGAGUGGACUGGAUGAAUAAGAUGAUGUGGCGUUUUGUUCGCGGCGACGCACGGCCAUCGGAGAUCGAUAUGAUUUGGGAGCUCAGUAAGCAGAUUGAGGGACACACCAUCUGUGCGUUAGGUGACGGUGCAGCGUGGCCUGUGCAGGGAUUGAUCCGGCACUUCAGGCCCGUGAUGGAAAGCCGAAUUGCUGAAUACCAGCAGCAGCAGAAGCAGGCUGUGGCCUAAAUGUCUUUUAACUUCUUCAUUCUGCCUCCAUAUGCCCUUAACUUUAUGUCCAUUAAAAAAUAUUUAAACUAAGGAUAACGUACUCUCUUUUCAAGCCAUCAGGAAGCCUUUCGAGUCGCAUCUUAGCUGUGUUGGGUAAAAAUAUCAAUAAAGAUCUAUUACCUGAAAAGUG